CGCUGACACUGGCCUCAGGGCCGAGGAGCACGGGACGGAACCCAAGCCUGCCAACCCAGAGGGAAGGUGGCCCGCAGGCGUCGAGAUGCCCCAAGAAACUGCGCCAGACUAAAAAGGGACAAACAAAACGCUCCCUCACGCCCGGGAGGUUGGGGGGAACGACGACAACGGGGACGAGCAAACGUCUCCCAAGGCCAGCGCUGCCCCAGCGCGUGCACGCCCAGCGGCCCGCGAGACCCAGCCUCCGCCUGGCCAAUGGCUGCCGCCCCGCUCCGUGACCCGCCCUCCAUGGCGGCCCCGCCCGCCAGGCCUCGCUCGGGCCCCGCCCUCCAGCCCUCGCUCCCAUCCGGGAGGGCUUCGCUCUGGCGACAGCAGUCGGCCGGCCCGCAGGUCCAGCUCCUCUAGUCCACUCACCCUUCCCAGGGCCAGAGCACUCUCCAGAAACUGAGCAGCCAUGACAUUUGCUGAGGAGAAGACCUAUAAGUAUAUUCGUGACAAUCACAGCAAGUUCUGCUGUGUUGAUGUUUUGGAGAUCCUCCCUUUCCUGUCCUGCCUCACAGCAAGUGACCAGGAUCGACUGCGGGCCUCCUAUACACAAGUAGGAAACCGGGACACACUUUGGGAACUCUUUAAUAGGCUCCAGCGUCGGACUGGCUGGGUAGGCUGCUUCAUUCAGGCACUGAUGAUGUGUGAGUUUCCUGAGCUAGCUCAACAAGUGACUCAAGUUUACCAGAGCUACCUGCCUUCUGGGACCCAACCCUGCUCCCUAGCCCCACCAGAGUCACCAGUAGUUCCUGCCAAGAUUCUAGGAACCUUUGCAUCUGCUCCAGGCUACAGCAUACCCCACAGUGGUUACCAAGGGAAACCAGGUUACCCCAGGCCUGUCCAGGACACCCAGCCACCAAAGUCCCCAGGAGAGAAUUCAGAGCAGGCCCCACAGGUACCCAGCUUCGGGGCCGUCUUGAAGAUGUCUGGUGACUCUUUGAUGCCCUCAUCUGAUCAGCAAGCCCUCAGCUCUCUGACCUCCAGUGAACAUCAUGAGCAAGAACCAGAAUUUGGUGGCGCCCACAGGACAGGUGUUGCCUCUACUCCCAUAUCACCCCAUGGACCUGUGUCUCCAACUGUCUCCUUCCAGCCCCUGGCACGUUCCACUCCGAGGGCAAGCCACUUGUUUGGACCCAUGGUAUCAGUUGCACCUGCUGACACCUCCCCCUCGUCCUCUUCCACUGGAUUGGCUUCUGUAAGGGCAGCUGAUGACCAGGCUAAGGCUGCUAUUUGCCCCAGUGCUGAAGGAGUACCCACCAAUUCUCUAACCAUCAGCUCAGUGCCUUCUCCCACCAAUGUGGUACCUGUGAAAACCAUGUCUUCCAAAGUGUCUGCCCAUUCAGCGCUUGUCAGCACAGUGCCCUCCAAGUUGCCCACCAGCUCAGAGUCUGCUGCUGCAGUGCCCUCUAAUGUGCUCAGUCAUCCAGUACCAUCCAAACUGCCGAUCAACUUAGCACGUGCUGGCACAAUUCCAUCCAGAGUGCUCACCAAAACACCUGCCAGCACAGUAUCCCCCAGCAGGAGCAGCAGCAGAGCCAAGGAGACCCUGGAGGCUCCAGCAAACACAGUCACCACUGGAUACAGCUUGCCCAGACCAGAUAGCAAUUCCAGGAGCUUAUACUCUGGGCCAGAGCUGAGCAAGCCAGGCAUACUGGUAUCUGAAGUGAACAGCCAGCCAUUCUCAGGCUGCUCUGCGGACCUUGCCAUCAGCCCUAGCAGUUCCUUGGGCUCAGAGCCCAACCACGGCCCAGAGGAGAAUGAGUAUUUAUCCUUUAGGAUCCAGGUAGAGGAGGGCCCCAAUGCUGACCUUCUGGUAGGAAGUUCUGGGCCAUUAGCAAACCAGCAGCCCCCAGAGGAGGAGGAAGAAGAGAAGGAAGAGCCUUGCGUCGAGUCAGUGUUCAGGGCUCAGUGGCUUGGGGCAGCUGGUGCUGCUCUCUUAGCUCUCUUCCUGGCAGUGGUGCUGUACAGGGGUCGGCACCUGGCCCAAUGAAGCCUCAUCUGUGUCACUCACUUGCUCAGUUCUGCCAAGUACCUUCUCUGGACUUCAGCUGAAGUGGGCUGAGCUAGGGGAGCUCGGAGACUGGGUGGCUUGGGAGGAGGCUAUACUAAGGCUCUGUGUCCUCUUCUGGUCCUCACCAAUCCUCAGCUUUUUGGGGCUCUUGAGUUGCCUCUACUGCUUCAGACCUGCCUACCUAGCAGUGUACGUUUUCAUGCUGUGUGCUUUCCAGAAGGUAUCCCCACCAGCAUCAUCCCUGUUUGCCCAAGCCUGCAGAUCAAGAGGUGUCACUGAAGGGCACUCUGUGUUGCCAGUGCCCCUCAAUCCUGCCAGGUCUCCUGAAACACACAUAGGUGUAUUGGGUAGGGACACCUGUAAUAGGUUGUGCCUACCACCAGCAGCCUAACCUGAGGACUUGCCACUGUAACUAGGGGAGCAGCAAAGUGACUGGUCACCAUGGAGCUUUGGGUCCCCUGCCCCUCUAGUCCCUCUCCAUGGCCAGGCAGCCCUGAGGGGAGGUCUGGAGGUUCCCUGUGGAUGCCAAGAAAACCUCAAACAGCUGCCAGGCAUGAAGAAGACCCUUGGAGUCUGCUCCAGCCCCUUACUCCACCUCUUUUUUCCCUCCUGGUCUCCAUUCUCUUUGGCUUCCUGUACUAGUUGGGGAGGAGACACCUAGUGAGUGGAGCUCAAGCCAUCUUGGACUUCAGCUCCAUUCUUUCUCUGGCCUUGUUUCCCCAUAUGGACAGAGUAGCUCAUCCUUUACUGGGUUCUACAGAGAUUGAAGGAUAUAGGUGUUUGCCUAGUGCCUGGCCCAGAGGGUACGACUACCAAGUGCUGCUGUCCUGCCCAGCCUGGUUGAGCUGAAUGAGAGCUUGAGAGGCGGAGUGCACAAUGAGAAGGGCACACUCAGUAGGAGGACAGCCUCAGCCUGUGUCCUGCUGUCUCCAUGACUUAAGGCAAGGUAUAUACCUCUCUGUGCCUCACUUUCUCACCUGUGAAAUGGGAUGAAUGUGCAUAUAUAUACAGACUAAUAUGUUCUAGUUUUAUCAUGAUAAUUAAAUGAGUUGAUCUGUACAAGUC